UUGGUGUUGUCCUAGGAACGUUAUAGUACAAGAUAUUUACCCAUUUGUGCCAUGACACCAUGGGUAUCUUUUUUGAAGGUUGUGGGAUUAGGGGAGUGGUAGCGUUAGCUUCUGGACUAUACCUACUAAAAGGGGACCAGAAAAUAGGAGUAGUCCCAGAAGAAGAAUCUAUCUCCGCUGGUGCUUUCUUUAGUGAGCAACUCUACUAAUUGAAGCACAUUUUACAUAUCAUGUUCCCCAUGAAACUUGCAUCAAAGCGCUUAUUGCAAAAGGUUUCCUAAAGUACCGUUAGUUCUUCAUUAAUUUGCAAAGGUUUUGUGUUGAGUCGGAAAAAUAUGGAACGCAUAAUGGAUCAUUUGGCGCAUGAGAGGAGCAAGGCACAAUUCAGUGUCGAGGAGAUGAAGAUCAUCUGGGCUGGUUCUCUCCAUGCCUUCCAAGUCUCUGAUCGGAUCGCUCGACUUGUGGCCAGCGAUCCAGGCUUUAGAAAGGACAACAGAGCUGUGCUAAGCAGGAAGGAGUUGUUUAAAAGUGCUCUGAGAAAAGCAGCUUAUGUGUGGAAAAGGAUCAAUGAGCUUGCACUUUCUGAAGAAGAGGCAUCAUGGUUGAGGUUCUAUGUUGAUGAAUUAGCAUAUGCUUAUAUUCAUUGGGGAAUGUUUGUGCCUGCUAUUAAAGGGUCUGCUACUGAGGAGCAGCAACAAAAGUGGUUACCUUUGGCAAACAACAUGCAGAUAAUCGGUACUUAUGCACAAACUGAACUUGGUCAUGGCUCCAAUGUUAGAGGCCUUGAGACAACCGCGACUUUUGACCAGGAGACAGAUGAGUUCAUCAUCCAUAGUCCUACACUGACCUCAAGCAAAUGGUGGCCUGGUGGACUGGGAAAGGUUGCUACACAUGCUGUUGUUUAUGCUCGGCUUAUUACGGAUGGCCAAGAUUAUGGAGUUCAUGGUUUCCUUGUCCAAAUUCGGAGCUUGGAUGAUCACUUUCCUCUUCCAGGUGUUACAGUUGGUGAUAUUGGGAUGAAAUUUGGAAGUGGAGCAUUCAAUUCCAUUGACAAUGGUUUCCUUAGAUUCAAUCAUGUGCGCAUUCCAAGGAAUCAAAUGUUGAUGAAGGUCUCAAGGGUCACAAGACAAGGAAAGUAUGUAGAAUCCAACGUUCCGAAGCAGCUGCUUUAUGGAGCUAUGGUUUAUGUCAGACAAAUCAUUGUAGCUGAUGCUUCCAUUGCUUUGUCAAGAGCAGUAUGUAUUGCUACCAGGUACAGUGCUGUUCGUCGACAAUUUGGUCCUCCACAUGAGGAUGAAAAUGGUAAAGGUGUUGAGACACAGGUAAUUGAUUACAAGACUCAGCAAAGUAGACUCUUCCCUUUACUGGCUUCUGCCUAUGCUUUCAGAUUUGUUGGCGAGUGGUUGAAAUGGCUAUACACAGAUUUGAUCCAAAAGUUGGAAGCAAACGAUUUCUCUACACUGCCCGAGGCGCAUGCCUGCACUGCUGGUUUAAAGUCCUUGACUACUUCCGCUGCUGCUGAUGGCAUCAAAGAAUGUUGGAAGCUAUGUGGUGGCCAUGGUUACUUGUCUAGCAGCGGACUUCCUGAGUUAUAUGCUGCUUUUGUCCCUGCUUGUACUUAUGAAGGAGAUAACAUUGUACUGCUUCUACAGGUUUCAAGGUUUCUCAUGAAGACCAUUUCUCAGUUGCAGACUGGGAAGAAGCCUAUUGGAACAACAGCUUAUAUGGCGCAUGUGGAGCAUUUGAUCCAAUGUCGCUGUACGGUUCAAAAAGCUGAGGAUUGGUUGAACCCAAGUGUAAUACUUGAGGCAUUUGAAGCAAGGGCUAUAAGAUUGUCGGUUGCUUGUGCCGAAAAUCUCACCAAGUUUGCCACUCCAUUACAAGGCUUUUCAGAACUCUCACCUGAUUUAGUUGAAGCUGCAGUUGCUCAUUGCCAACUAAUUGUGGUUUCCAAGUUCAUUGAAAAACUGCAGCAAAACAUUGAAGGAAAUGGAGUGAAACAACAAUUGGAGACCCUCUGCAACAUUUACUGUUUGAAUCUUAUUCACAAACAUCUGGGUGAUUUUCUGUCCACUGGAAGCAUCAGUCCCAAGCAAGCUUCACUUGCCAGUGAUCAACUCAGGAGUCGGUAUUCCAAGCUUCGUUCCAAUGUUAUUGCCCUUGUUGAUGCAUUUAAUUACACAGAUCAUUUCCUUGGCUCAGUUCUUGGGCGCUAUGACGGUAAUGUGUAUCCAAAGCUCUAUGAGGAAGCAUGGAAAGAUCCGCUCAAUGACUCUAUUGUACCUGAUGGGUAUCAUGAAUACAUCCAGCCUUUGCUGAAGCAACAGCUCCAAAAUGCAAGGCUUUGAAGGUAUCAAUAUCAUACUACAAUAAUUCAGACUAAAAUAAAAUAAAAUGUCAUCCUACAAUAAAUGGUUUCUUUGAAUUUUGAUGAUUUAUAUGAGCCUAUGAGCCUAUCCUUGUAAUAUGAGUAAAAAGUUUGGUCGAUCA